AGAUGUAGAUGUGGAUGUUACCUAAAGGUGCAGAUGCCCCAAACUACGACUCUCUCUAACAUUCUAACACUCUGUAAGCUCCAAAGAGUAAGACCAGCACAGAUCUGAAUCGCGCCCCCUAGAUCUCAUAAUCCAGCUCUUCCCGCUUCAUUUCCUUAAGACCCACUGCUAUUAUAUAAACAUGUCCAGGAGGCCAGUAAAUCCUUCUAGGCGCAUUGGUGAUGGUGGAAGCAUCCCCCUUGUGGGUGCGGUGCAGGCCAAAGCACGCUCAUCACCUUUACUGUCUGUAGUGCUUGUGCUUGUGGGUACAAUUCUUCUUGUCUGCUAUGCUUUUAGCGGGUCAGGUGGAGCGAGCAGUAAACAGGCUGUGAUUAAACUUGAAGGUGGUGUUUCUUGUACAUAUGAAGUUCAGAGAGCAAUACCUAUACUGAAGAAGGCAUAUGGUGAUAGUAUGCAUAAGGUAUUGCAUGUAGGCCCUGAAACGUGUUCAGUGGUAUCUAAAUUAUUAAAAGAGGAGGAUACUGAAGCCUGGGGUGUGGAACCAUAUGACUUGGAAGAUGUUGAUUCAAAUUGCAAGAGUCUUGUGAGCAAAGGCAUUGUGCGUGCUGCUGAUAUAAAGUUUCCUCUGCCAUACCGGGCAAAAUCAUUUUCUCUGGUAAUAGUAUCAGAUGCAUUGGAUUACUUGUCUCCAAAGUACCUCAACAGAACUCUUCCAGAGUUAGCAAGGGUAUCUGCUGAUGGCGUUAUUAUAUUCUCUGGUUAUCCAGGUCAACAAAGAGCUAAAGUUGCAGAGCUAUCCAAAUUUGGCCGUCCAGCCAAAUUGCGAAGCUCGUCCUGGUGGAUAAGAUAUUUUGUUCAAACAAGCUUAGAAGAGAAUGAAGCAGCCUUGAAGAAGUUUGAACAGGCUUCAUUAAAGAGAUCUUAUAAGCCAGAAUGUCAAGUUUUCCACCUAAAGUCAUACCAUUGAGAAUCACAGCACUGUAUUUUUCACUGUAUCAGCCUGUAGGUGAAAAUGAAUACGCUCAAGUCUUCAGCGCACAAAGGGUAACUUUAUAUUUUUGUGAUACGGAGCCUCACUGCGUGCUCCUUUAUGUGACGAGAUCUUCUAUAGAUGUGUAUUGAAGAAUGAUUUCCCAUGAAUUGGGUGUCAUCAUCACUUUGUAUUCUUUUAUAUGAUGUAUUUUGCCCAACAUUGCUGCUUCUUCUUGUUGCAAUGAUAGAUUUGUUAGAAUCUUCAGAUAUACUUCUGUUGAUUAUAUUUAGAAGACAAAGUUAUAUCGUUUUA